ACAUCUCAGUACUGUUCAGAUGAAUCUAAAAUUUUAAUUACAUGAGAAAUUGUUCCUAAUUAAAAUAAUGUCAUUAAACGAUUUACCGGAGAACUGUCUUUGGUUGAUCUUCGGCAAUUCUUGUUCAUUAGAAGAGUUGAUCCAGUUGGCUCAAGUUUGUUCAAAAUGGUCCAACUUAAUUUCCAUGCGACUCGAAAAAGUAAAAUAUCUGGUCAGGGUGCGGCCUCUUGAUCAUUUUGAUUAUACCAAAAUUUGGGUAAAGAAACCAACUACUGUUGCACGCUACAAUUUACGGGAAUUGUUACCAAAUCUCAGGAUUUUAACUAUUCCAUGUCUCGGUCCCAGGGAUCAAAAUAAGAUUAGAGCAUUGGUAAACUGUAAUUCAAAUAUCAAAGGUUUGGUUGGAUUGAAAAUUGAUGAUCUACUAGAUUUGAAAAAUGUCGAGAUGGUCACAAUGGAUAAUGCUAUGUUCGACUAUAAACACAAGUUUCAACCUGAUCAGUUGAAACAAAUUCGAUUUUUUUCAACAGGUACCCGCAUGCGAAAGCUUCAUAAAUACGUCCAAUACUUUCCAAAUUUGAAGCGACUCAACUUCAAUUGCUGCGAACGUAUCGGGUACUAUGGUCCACAAUUGUCCAAUUUGAAGAUUCUGGAAUCUUAUUUAUACGGAUGGGAUGGAGAUCUUGAUGAAUUUUAUCUGUUGGACUUUUGUCCAUCUUUAGAAAGCGCUUUCAUCAAAAUUGCGGUACCAUAUGAGCGCGUUGAUUCGUCCAUAAAGAACUACAAUUUGAGAGAUUUGGUUAUUGAAAUAUCACGGGAUGAACAGCUGAACUGGCGUUUUGUACGUGCGCUGUUGUCCAAAUUUCUAAUUUACAUCAUCUUGCGAUUAGAGGCCCUUGUUUUAUAG